AUGCCUCCGAGGAAAUCUCGCCGACUAGCUAGGCUGCCUCCUGAGGACACUGGGGAGGGACGUUCGAAACACACUCGGGCCCGUAAAUCCAAUCGUCAGCCGUCAGAGCAGAGACUCUCCGUGGUUCUUACCGAGCCUGAGUCGCCCGAGACACUCCCGAAUGUUAUAGACGCCGCCAGGAAGAGGGUGAAGCGUUAUAAAAAAGGAAAGAGACCACAUGAUCAGUAUGUCGUUGCCUGCCUGAAUGCCUGUCUGGACUGGUUUCCAGGAGACGGUCCAGAUCCAUCUUUGGCCAAAGACAUCGUCACAGCAGGCAAUGACAAAAAGUUGUGGGAAGUCUUCCACAACGUCCUUACCGGUGUUCUCUACCCAAUGAUGGCAGAGAGUCGUAAACCCCCAGUCACAGCUUCGCCCCAUGAGGCCAACGCCGAGGUGAUUACGGAGACGCUCCUCCUUCGAUCAGAGGUCCAGGAGAGCGAAUUCCGUAAGGAACUUCUGCGCCGAGAUGGUUACCGCUGUUGCGUCACUCGCUGGCUAGAGCAAAAGAAAUGGAUCGAUAGUGGAAGGCCUAACGAGCCCCAUGACUUCCUAGAGGCCACCAACAUCCUUCCGUUCAGUUUUGCAUACUGGGCGGGAAGCCAGGAUACGAAGGAAGCCUACGACCCAGGGGAAGUGUUGCUUAGGUGCUUCCCCGCGCUACUGAAUUGCAGAUCGAGGACCAGGACGACCAAUAGCCCGUCAAACGGGAUGAUGUUGCUCAUUCCCCUGCACAUGGCGGUUGGAAGUUUCCAUAUGGCCUUCGUCAAGACAGACGAGCGCAACGUUUAUGACAUCAAGACUUAUCCGGAUAUAACCACCACCCCUCUGUUUUUCCUGCCUAGUAAUCGCAAGGUCACAUUCGAAUGCGCCAAAGGGGAAGAUAUCCCGCUGCCUGAUCCCGCGUAUCUGGACUGCCACUACCGCGUGGCUGAGAUCCUCCAUGCUUCGGGUCUGGCGGAGUACAUUGAGCGCAAAAUCCAAGACUGGGAAGACCUGAAACAGUCUGGCGAAACAGAUGGCGCCCUUCGUCCAGAUGGUUCAACCGAUAUCACGCGUAUUUUGAACACCGCUCUGUGGACAGCAGUUGCGGGAUAA